AACACGUGGUCAUAAAUAUAACCUUAUUUCAAGAGCAUUUGCUGUCAAUUUUAUUGAAGAAAUGAGCUCAAUGGAACUGAAAAAUAAAAUUUUUAAACAAACGUGGAAAGACUUAGAGGCAAAUCUAAGUAAUCCUAUCGUAGAAACAUUAAAAGAACUUAACUUCAAUUUCCUUACACCUAUUCAAGCAGCAUGUAUACCUAUUUUAUUAUCUGGAAAAGAUGUUGCAGCAGAAGCUGUUACUGGAAGUGGAAAAACCUUAGCGUUUCUCAUUCCUUUACUUGAACUGCUUCAGAAAAGAGAUGAAAAAUGGAAAAAAAUAGAAAUCGGUGGGAUUAUAAUCUCUCCUACGAGAGAAUUAGCGACACAAAUUAGUGAAGUAUUAGAAAUAUUUUUAAAAAGAAUACCAAAUUUAAAACAAGUUUUAGUCGUUGGUGGAACCACAGUGAAAGAAGAUAUUUUGAAACUCAAAAAUGGAGUAAAUAUUAUUAUUGCCACUCCUGGGAGAUUAAAAGAUCUUCUUUCAAAUUGUAAAGACAUUAAUUUAGCUGCUGCUGUAAAAUCUUUGGAACUGCUUGUACUGGACGAAGCCGAUAGAUUAUUAGACCUCGGAUUUUCUGCAACUUUAGACUCGAUUUUGAGCUAUUUACCACGAUUAAGAAGAACAGGAUUAUUUUCUGCUACACAAACUAAAGAAUUAGAGCAUCUAAUCAGAGCAGGAUUAAGAAACCCAACAAUAGUAUCUGUGAGAGAGAAAUCUAGUAUCUCAACACCUGUAGCGUUAAACAAUUAUUUUACGAUCGUUGAUCCUGCUCAUAAAUUCAGUAUUUUAAUCGACUUUAUAAAGUCUAAAGGAUUAGAUAAGAAAUACAUGAUUUUCUUUUCUACGUGCGCUUGUGUAGAUUAUUUCAAUUCCGUAAUAACAACAAUUUUCUCUAAAGAAAAUGUAUUUGCACUUCAUGGAAAAAUGAAAAACAAAAGAAAUAAAAUUUUUGAAGAUUUUAGAAAAAUUAAUAGUGGAAUAUUGGUAUGUACAGAUGUAAUGGCACGAGGAAUUGACAUUCCUGAAGUAGAUUGGGUAUUACAAUAUGAUCCACCGUCCUCUGCGAGUAGUUUUGUUCAUCGAUGUGGUAGAACAGCUCGUAGUGGCCAUGAAGGCAAUGCAUUACUUUUUCUUUUACCUACUGAAGAUACUUACAUUGAAUUUAUCAAACGAAAUCAAAAGGUUGAACUUAAAGAAAUUGAAUUAAACAUUUCAGUUAAAAUUUAUGAAAAAUAUUUAAAUAUUAUGAGAAAUCUACAAAUUGAAGACAGAUUUUUAUUUGAUAAAGCAAAUCGAGCUUUUGUGUCAUAUAUUCAAUCUUAUAGCAAACAUGAAUGCAAUUUAAUUCUGCGAUUAAAAGAUAUGGAUCUUGGGAAAGUUGCUCUGGGUUUUGGUCUGUUAAAAAUGGUUCGAAUGCCAGAGUUGAAAGGCCGUGACAUUUCGGAGUUUAAAGAAGCUGUAGUCGAUAUUAAUUCAAUUGCGUAUAAAGACAAAAUGAAAGAGGAAAAGAGAUUGGAGAACCUUAAUGCUUAUAGGCAGACAGGAGUUUGGCCAGGGAAAGGUAAACGACGGGUAAAGUCGACGGAACCUUGGUCUGAAAAUAAAAAGAAAACACUUGAAAGAAAAGAGAAACGCUUGACAAGGAGAGAAAAAAGAAAUAAGAAACGUGUGGAAGCGGGUGGAUCGGAGAAAACGAUAAAGAAAAAAAAAAGAAAAGCUCCUUCUCAAGAGGAUAUGGACGAAUUAGCGAGGGAUAUUGCGUUGAUUAAAAAAUUAAAGAAGAAAAAGAUAUCCGAAAAAGAAUUUGAUGAAAUCUUUGCAGUAAUAUAGCAAGUAACACAAAGAUGUGUAAAAAAUUCUUAAUAAUAAAUAUAAGAUCGUCCUUAAAGAUCUUGAAAUCUUUAUACAAAC